GCCGCGGCGCCGUGCGGGGCGCGGCGGACGGUCUAGGCGGGGCCGGAGGCGGUGGCUGCGGCUGCGGGACCGGCGCUAUGCUGGGCCUUCCUACCACCUGUGUGUGGCUUGGUAGUGGCCUAGGGUCUCUCCUCCCUGCUGAAGUCCCUCUCCUGCAGGUGGCCGUCUGCCCGGCCCAGCGCCAUGCACACGCUUGUGUUCUUGAGCACGCGGCAGGUGCUGCAGUGCCAGCCAGCUGCCUGCCAGGCCCUGCCCCUGCUGCCACGCGAACUCUUCCCCCUGCUGUUCAAGGUGGCCUUCAUGGACAAGAAGACAGUGGUACUGCGCGAGUUGGUACACACAUGGCCCUUCCCGCUGCUCAGUUUCCAGCAGCUGCUACAGGAGUGUGCCCACUGCAGCCGUGCCCUCCUGCAGGAGCGGCCUAGCACUGAGAGCAUGCAGGCCGUUAUCCUGGGGCUGACUGCCCGGCUCCACACCCCAGAGUCUGGGGCCAGCACACAGCCCCUCUGCAGGAAGCAUGCGCUGCGGGUGCUGGACAUGACAGGCCUCUUGGAUGAUGGUGUGGAACAGGAUCCUGGCACCAUGAGCAUGUGGGACUGUACUGCUGCCGUGGCUCGCACAUGCAUCGCCCAGCAGCAGGGGGGCGCCACAGAGCCUGGGCCAGCCCCCAUCCCCGUGGAGGUGCGUGUGGACCUGCGGGUGAACCGGGCCUCCUAUGCCUUCCUGCGGGAGGCACUCCGAAGCAGCGUGGGCAGCCCACUGCGGCUCUGCUGCCGGGACCUGCGAGCUGAGGACCUGCCCAUGCGCAACACUGUGGCCCUGCUGCAGCUUCUGGAUGCAGGCUGCCUGCGCCGCGUGGACCUGCGCUUCAACAACCUGGGCCUGCGUGGCCUGUCUGUAAUCAUCCCACACGUGGCUCGCUUCCAGCACCUGGCCAGCCUGCGGCUCCACUAUGUGCAUGGGGAUUCAAGGCAGCCCUCCGUGGAUGGCGAGGACAACUUCCGCUACUUCCUUGCCCAGAUGGGCCGCUUCACCUGUCUGCGCGAGCUCAGCAUGGGCUCCUCUCUCCUUUCAGGGAGGCUGGACCAGCUGCUCAGCACCCUGCAGAGCCCCCUGGAGAGCCUGGAGUUGGCCUUCUGUGCUCUGUUGCCUGAGGACCUGCGCUUCCUGGCACAGAGCCCCCAUGCUGCCCACCUCAAGAAGUUGGACCUGAGUGGUAACGACCUGUCUGGCAGCCAGCUGGCACCAUUCCAGGGUCUGCUGCAGGCAUCAGCAGCCACACUGCUGCAUCUGGAGCUGACUGAGUGCCAGCUUGCAGACACCCAGCUGUUGGCCACACUACCCAUCCUGACUCGGUGCACCAGUCUCCGGUACCUUGGCCUCUAUGGCAACCCACUGUCCAUGGCGGGCCUCAAGGAGCUGUUGCGGGACUCAGUGGCGCAGGCUGAGCUGCGUACUGUGGUGCACCCCUUCCCUGUGGACUGCUAUGAGGGCUUGCCCUGGCCGCCGCCUGCCUCUGUCCUGCUGGAGGCCUCCAUCAAUGAGGAGAAGUUUGCCCGCGUAGAAGCAGAGUUGCAUCAGCUGCUUUUAGCCUCAGGCCGUGCCCAUGUGCUCUGGACCACGGACAUCUAUGGGCGACUGGCUGCAGACUACUUCAGCCUAUGAUGAAGUAGUUCUGGGUGAGACACAGGCUGUCCUGCAGUCUCUUUAGGUAGGCAGGGCCUUUGCUGGGACCCUGGUGGAGGCCUGUCACAAAAGCACUGGUUUCUGGUUUCCUGCUGGGUCCGCCUUGCUUCUGGGCACACCUCGAGCCUCCCCUGCUUUCUGCAGUGCCCCACGCGGUUUUCCCUGCACUUGCUCCAUGAUUGGUGACCAUCUGUGGGCCCCAGGGCUGGAUGUCAGGCUUCCAUUGCCCUGCUCAGUUUGGCUGCAUUUGGCUGCCCUCUGGGGUCCUGGUCCUUUGUGCAAAUGCUUUGGGAUCCCACUUGUGAGUUGAGAGAGAUGAUGGCCUCUCUGAGCCUUUCCCAUCCCUUUACUGAGAGCUCAGUGCUCUGGGGUUGAAGUUGGACAGAGGCUGCUUCAGGGAGGCUGGGGUCCCCAGGCACUCGUGCCUCUUAACGUGUUCCCUGCCCUGCCACCCAGCCACCCCACUGGGCUGGGCUCGGGCUGGAGGGGGUCAUCAAGGUACAAAUGUGCCUGGAAAUUGAAUUUAUGGCUCUUUUUUUUUCUGUCCACAUUGGUCAGCCUUAUCCUUAUCUCUGCUGUCACCAUCCCCAAUAUGGCCACUGGGCAACAACUGCCAUCCAGCCUGCCCGCAGGGCGGCCCCGUCUGCACUGCCGGCCAGUCCUUGCUCUUCCCACCUUUCGGAGGCCCAAGAUCCUACCGUGGCCGGCCAGGGCCAGCGAGGGACCCCCCUGCAGAGCUGGAGGUUGGGGUGAUGUCUUUUUGGAAAAACUUCAAGGGAGGUGUUGGGGCCUCCCUGGCCACCUUCCAUUGCUACCCCAGGAUUCCCGAGUGCAACGCUCCCGCUGCGCGUCCCACAGACGGCUCACCGCACUCUGCGCGGCUUCCACCUUUACUGACGGAGCAUGUGCGCGGCCGCGCCGGCCAGUCCCCGGCGCCCACGUCAUCUGCCCGCGCCCGCCGCCCUAGCAAUGGAUCUCGUAGGCGACUGGCGGGGGCACGCGGAGUCCCGGCCCCGCCCCCUCUGCUGGUCCGCAGUCCGCCGGCGCCUCCGCCGGACCCUCGGCGAAGAGCGGCUUGGAGCGGUUGAUGACGAACAUCUCGUGUCCGCGCUCGUCGCGGAGCUCCUCUAGCUGUGCGAACGUGCAGGGGCCGUCCGAGUAGUCGUUGACGAACAGCGCGCCCUCCCCCGGUGGCCCCCGCGCCUUUUUUCGCCUGCGGCGCCGGCGACAGAUCAUGGCGACCAGGAGCAGCGCCGUGAGCGCCAGCAGCGCGAUGGCCGCCGCAAUGGCCGUCUGCGUGGCCAGGCCCAGGGCGCGGAAGGCCAUGCUUCCCGCCUCGGGCCGGGGCUCGCGACCAGCGGGGCGGGCGGCCGGAGGUGGCGGUUGCGCGGGCUGCUGCAGCGGCUGCCGGGACGCGUUGACCAGGAGCCGGAAGGGCACGCGGGCAGCGCCACCAGCAUUGGAGGCCUCGCACUCGUACUUGCCGGCAUGGGCCAGCGUGAUGUUGCUGAGGAAGAGCAUGCCGCUGCCCGUGUCGGAUGCCGAGUGUCCGCCCAGGCCCGGCGCCCCGCCUUCUAGCUGGGCCUGGGCUUGCGGCCGGCCCUCGCGAGGCUGGGGCACCUUUCUCCAGGUCACCAAUGGCUGCGGGUAGCCAGAGGCUUGGCAGGCAACCCGCAGGUCCUCACCCAGGUUGGCUGUGAGCUCCAGCGGCUGCACGUGGACAGAGGGCGGAAUGCAGAUGAGGCUGCUGUGGGAUACGUCCAGGAGACUCUGGAGCGCCAGGCGCGGGGGCUCUGCACACAUAAUCUUCCUGUCCCUGGAGGUGAGCAGCCGCUGGCCGCCCUCCUUGAUCCAGGCACCCAGCCAGUGCAGGGCGCAGUCACAGCGCCAUGGGUUCUCUGUGGGAGAGCAGCAUCAGGCAGGUGGCUUGAGGAUGGUGCUACAACACAGCCUGUGCAGUUGGGGUUCUGCGGGCCAGGGCAGGGGCCUCUUUCCCACCUACCACAGCCUUUUCACACGGAGUCCAAGGCCCCUGCCACCCCUUCCUUCACCCCAAGCUCCGUGGGGCGGCAGCAGCCCUUCACCCCCGCCCCGCUCCCUCCGCCUCAGCUCUGUGAUGCCUGCCUGUUACAGAUCACUUCUGCGUCAGAGGAAGCACCUGCUCCUCAAAUCUUCCUGCAACAAGUGCCACUGCUUUUAGGAACCUGGGCUUCCACAUAGGCAUCUCACCAGCACUGAAACCUUACAAGUCCUCUCAGCCUUGUCUUUGGAUGUUCUCUCGGGAAUGUCCCCAGUCCUGAUCAGCUGUCUCCUUUGCAAUUUUUGCCUCCCCUCUGAGGGCCUAAAAGUGUACAGAAUCCUCAACUCUGUUAAGUCACCCUGUGGGGUUCCUGUCUUGUCUUCCUCAGGCAGGGUGCCUGAGCUGUAUCCCCCAACACGCCCAUUCCCGCAGCCCUCCCCUGUGGCUGCAGGCGGUGGUGCGGCCCUCCAGACUGCUGCCCAGUUGUCUGCUAUCAAAGCCCCUCCACACAUGAGCCUGUUCCCUACUGCCACCACCUGGCCAAGACAGAGACACUUCCCGAGGAAGAGGUACCUGUGAGGCGCAGGACUUGCAGACUGGCCAGGGGCUGCAGCGCCUCUCGGCUGAUGGUACCCAGCUGGUUCCUGCUGAGGUCCAGCAGUGCUAGGGAGGACAGCCCCGCUAGAGCCUGGUCCUCCAGCAGCUCAAUGCUGUUUUCUUGCAGGUGAAGCUCCUGCAGUCGCUGAAGUAGGGACAGCAGAUCGUGAGGAAAAAGGGCGCCGAGGUUGGGGGCAUGCCCCCCCUUCUUACCAAGCUACACUACGUUGCCUUUUCUAACUACUCCAGCCCUACAGGGCGAGCGGCCAUAAUGGAGUCUCCCGCCCCUUCAGACCCCAGGCGCUCACCGGCAGGUGCAAGAAGGUGAAAUCCAGCAGCCGCGCCAGCUGGUUGCCCGCCAGGUAGAGCACGCGCAGCUGGGCCAGGCCUGCGAAGGCGCCGCUGCGCAAGGCGCGCAGCCGGUUGCUGGUGAGCGCCAGCUCCAGCAGGCGCGGCUGCGCGCGGAAGGCGCCGGCCUCCAGGGCGCGCAGGCUGUUGUUGUGGAGGUAGAGCCGCCGCAGAGCGGCGAGCGGCGCCAGGGCUCCUGGCUCCAGGCGCGCGAUGUUGUUGUCCUGCAGGAACAGUGUCUGCAGGCCGGGGAAAAGGGAGGCGCUUACCCCGCUGCGGGGGUCUUCUCCUUGGGGGCACCCUGUCCUCCCGCAGCUCCACACAGUGCCCACCUGCGUCCCUGGCGGGAUUCCCAGCGGGACGACACGCAACCGCAGGGCGCCGCACUCCACUGUGGCGCUGUAGCAGCGACAGGCUGCUGGGCAGCCAACGGUGCGGGGCGGCAGUAGCAGCAGCAGCAGCAGCAGCGCGGGGGCCCCCGGGGCCAUCUCCCGAGGCCCAGCUCCUCACCGGCCCUUCCGCGGUUCAGCCGCGGACGCGUGCCCUCCUGAAACACAGGUUGGCAGGCCAGUCUCGGCAGUCGAGAGCCAGCCAAUAGAUGGAAUGGAGGCCUGCGCCUGCGUCUAACUUUUGACGCUAUAAAUCGGUUCAAAAAACUAAUAAAACGUUCGGUUUU